CUUUUUCUUGUGGUUAAAAGAUUUAAAGUUCUUAUGGACACAAGAUUUUCAGUUGACCAAUGAUUAGCUAAUUUCUGAUAAUAGAAAAGGAAACUGAUUGCCCCAAGGCUGCUGUUUUCAUUUCCUCAUGGGAAGAAGAAGCAGAGCAGAGAAGAAGGGCAGACACAAGCAUUGAUCCUCUGUCACCAUGGGGAACUGGGUUGAGAACGAGGGACUCUCCAUCUUUGUCAUCCUGAUAUGGCUGGGGAUGAACGUCUUCCUCUUUGUCUGGUACUACAGAGUUUAUGCACUUAGAGACACAUUCUUAUACACUCGAGACCUUCUUGGGGCUGCACUGCCAUUGGCCAGGGCCCCUGCGGCCUGCCUGAAUUUCAACUGCAUGCUGAUUCUGCUGCCAGUCUGUCGAAAUCUGCUCUCCUUCCUCAGGGGGUCCAGUGCGUGCUGUUCAACAAGAAUUCGAAGGCAACUGGACAGGAACCUCACCUUUCAUAAACUGGUGGCAUGGAUGAUUGCACUUCACACUGCGAUUCAUACUAUUGCACAUCUAUUUAAUGUGGAGUGGUGUGUGGAUGCCCGUUCCGGAAAGUCCAAACCUUAUUUAGUAGCACUCUCUGACCUUGGAUAUAAACCUGGUGAAAGUUAUCUCAAUUUUGCUGAAAAGAGAUUUAAGAAUCCUGAAGGAGGCUUAUACGUGGCUGUGACCCGGUUGGCAGGCAUCACUGGUAUUGUCAUCACACUGUGCCUCAUAUUAAUUAUCACCUCCUCCACCAAAACCAUCCGGAGAUCCUACUUUGAAGUGUUUUGGUACACACACCAUCUCUUUGUGAUCUUCUUCAUCGGUCUUGCCAUCCACGGAGCUGAGCGCAUUGUACGUGGGCAGACACCACAGAGUUUGAAAGAACACAAUUAUACAUUUUGUAAGAAUAGAACCUCAGAAUGGGGAAAAAUAAAGGAGUGCCCAAUCCCACAGUUCUCCGGGAACCCUCCUAUGACUUGGUACUGGAUAGUGGGUCCCAUGUUUCUGUAUCUCUGUGAGAGGUUGGUACGGUUUUGGCGAUCUCAACAGAAGGUGGUCAUCACCAAGGUGGUCACUCACCCUUUCAAAACCAUUGAGCUACAGAUGAAGAAGAAGGGAUUCAAGAUGGAGGUGGGGCAAUACAUUUUCGUCAAGUGCCCCAAGGUGUCCAGGCUGGAAUGGCACCCUUUCACACUGACCUCUGCCCCUGAGGAGGACUUCUUUAGCAUCCAUAUUCGUAUCGUUGGGGACUGGACAGAAGGACUUUUCAAUGCUUGUGGCUGUGAUAAGCAAGAGUUUCAAGACGCUUGGAAACUACCUAAGAUAGCUGUCGAUGGGCCCUUCGGCACGGCCAGUGAAGAUGUGUUCAGUUAUGAGGUGGUGAUGCUGGUGGGAGCAGGGAUCGGGGUCACGCCCUUCGCAUCCAUUCUCAAGUCCGUCUGGUACAAAUAUUGCAAUAAUGCCACCAAUCUGAGGCUCAAAAAGAUCUACUUCUACUGGCUGUGCCGGGACACGCACGCCUUUGAGUGGUUUGCCGACUUGCUGCAGCUGCUAGAGACGCAGAUGCAGGAGAGGAAUAACGCCGACUUCCUCAGCUACAACAUCUACCUCACCGGCUGGGAUGAGUCUCAGGCUGAUCACUUUGCUGUGCACCACGAUGAGGAGAAAGAUGUGAUCACAGGCCUGAAACAAAAGACCUUGUAUGGACGGCCCAACUGGGAUAAUGAAUUCAAGACCAUUGCAAGUCAACAUCCAAAUACCAGAAUAGGAGUUUUCCUCUGUGGACCUGAAGCCUUGGCAGAAACCCUCAACAAACAGUGCAUCUCCAACUCUGAUUCUGGCCCUCGGGGAGUGCAUUUCAUUUUCAACAAGGAAAACUUCUAACUGGUCUCUUCCAUGAGAAGAUCACUGAGGGUUAUGCUGCCAAGUACCCAACCCAAUAAUGCUAGUUGAUAAUGUAAGCUCCCCCCUUAAAAAGAGAGAGAAAAUGAAGCUAUACUGGGCAGGUUUUCCCUGAAAGGGAUGUCAAAGGUCAUUUGGUAGUGAUAAUUUGCCUUUGUAUGGGGCUUUAUGGUUUUCAGAGCACUUUUACAAACUCUGUUUCAUUUUUCACUCACGGUAAUGCCAGAGAAAUGUAGGACAAGGAUUCCUGGACUCAGUAUUUAGGAUAAAAAAAAACCAGGGACUCCAAAUGCUUAAGUAACUUUCUUAACAUUAUGAAGCUUGGAUGUAGUACACGUGGUCUUUCCAUGAUAGCAGGCUGCCAGGAAAUGGGCUCGUCUACUCCCCAAAGGAAGCCAUUCAUUCUCCGUUGUUUGUUCUCUUUGUUAUCAUUAUUGUCAUAUUGAAUGGAAUUCUCCAAAUAUUGAGGAGAUAAUACAUGCCUAGAAUGAUUGCCCACUUCAGAGCGACAGGACAGACAUCUGAGCAUACCCCAGUUUCGCAAAGCAGCACCCUAACUGGGUCAGCGAUUUGUCCUAGGAAAGAACGUUGGACUAACUGGGAUUAGUGUAUCAGUCAGCAUUUACAGUAAUGCUUGGCAGAGUGGACACUCAAUGAAAGUUUGUUGAAUGAAUGAAUGAAAGGACAUUUAGAAUCAUACAAGGCCCCCGAUAGAAUUAAUUUAAAGCCUUAAACUAAGGACGGUGACAAAUCGGUAUGUGAUAUGCCCAUCUGCUUUAAAAAAGCAUCUACCCCUUGUUUUACUUAAAUACACACACAAAAUGGUUCUUAUUUUUGUGGCUAAUGUUUUAUUGUCACAUCAUCAUCAUCAUCAUCAUCAUCAUCAUCAUCAUCAAAUUUAUGACCUAGAAACGAAAAUCCCCAGCUUAACUGUGUAGGUAUUGCAUUCACACCCCAUAGAAUGUUCUAGAUAUCCGUGAGUUCAAGAAAGGCUGUCUAAAUCACAGUGUGGCCAGAAAUGCUUGUUUUUUUCAUAGAACCGCUUCUAUUUCUGGAAACUAAAACAGCUUUAUUUGCCCCACCCUCUAGAGCCACAGAUACUUAGAACUACUUUGGUAAUGAGGAAGAAAGAAAAGAAAGCUGGGGGAGGGCACAAGACUGGGUUAAGGAGGAAAGGGUGAGGGAAGGGGGAGGAGAACAGGAGAGUGAGAGAAAGCAGCAAAGGUCUCACAUUGGUCACUCUCCACCCUAAAUUUCUUAGUCUUGUUAUGUACUGAACAUCACUGAAGGCAGCUUACACGUAAUUCAUUUUUUUUAUUACAUAUGGUAUUGAAUCUGAGAUUCUGGUUGCACAUUUUGAUGCUGGAUGGGUGUAUUCAUUGGGCUGGGAUGAAGUAGUAAGAACUCAGUUGUUCCUUUGGGCUCUCAGGACGCAGGUCACUGAGGGCCAGUCCCGACAAAGUCACACUUGCCGUGGGAACGUUGCUUCCCCAGAAUGUCCCGGGAAGGUUUUCACUCAGAGAAACGUAGGUCCAGCCUGUUCACACUGCAGCCCAGGUAUCACUUCAUUCAUUCGCCAAAUUUUUAUUGUGCUAUUACUAUGACUCAGGCUUUGUGCUCAUAGUUUCAAUUCUUUAUACCAACAUGUGAGAAAGCAGCCACAGUUCUGAGGACUCUGAGAAUCCUGGCCCCCUCUAACCCUGUGGCCUUUGUAAACCAACUCCCUCUGUUGCUCUGAAAAUAUUCCUCCAGGGGUUUUUUUACCUUGAUACCAGGAUAGUUACCAAAACAGACAGCCCUGUCCUGUGUUAUCUUGGUUACGAGAUGAAAAAUGAAGUGUAAACGUGCUCACCAUUACUGGAUUCUUCUCCCAAGACGCUAGCUGCCCGCUGCCGGCACAGCUGUUUCAGCUUUUAGUACUUAGCACUUAGCAACAGGUACCAAGAGGACGACUAAGCAUUGUUCUUAAUCUCAACGCUAUGAAGGCUUCUCUGAGUUCUGCUUUUGCAAUAUUGCAUUUAUGAAAUUUGAAUACUUGUAGGUGCUGUAUUUGAAUACUUUGGGGGGGGGGCCUAGGAGAUAAUUCCUAGGAAGAACUGUUAAAACAAUGCUCAACUAUUAAAAUUGAUGAGCUUC